UCGCUCUUAUUCAAUUAAAGUCAUCGUGAAUUCAUUCAGAUGGAAGCUAGCUUGGUCUGAGACAGUUAUUUGGCAACGGAUCUACAAUAUAGGCAACGUUGUGUUCCAUGGGUGAUGAAAGUUAGACAUUGUCGAAGAACAGGGGGUAUAUAUCACCGAUAUGAGUUCAUUGUUAAGAAUAAGAAAGAAAAAGGAGGGUUCAUUAGGACCCGGAGGUUCAGAAUAUGAGGAUUCUGGGGAUCUAACUUCUGAUGACGGAAAGCUCGAGCAUCGCCUGAGUUCUUCCAGUCUGACAUCCAUCUCCUCCGAAAGUGACCCCGACUCCCCGUCCCCCACGCAGCUCCGAAGGGAGAGAAGACCAGCCAUCUUUGAUACCAAGAAUGUGGGCGAUCUGAUCUGCCGUUCUACAGAAUUGACGCCUUCCACAUCCAUAGACGAGGAGCCUGAUCUACUCAAAGGAAUGAUAGGCCUAAAGCGGCGGGAUUCCGUGGACCUAGAGACGACCACCUACCAGGCGGACCGAGCUCUGAGGGAUAGGAGAAAGAAACUCGUCAAAAGGAACACUAUUGCUGAUUUCUACAAACAUGAUCCUAACCUAGACAGUACCGGAACUGAGUAUAGAAGAGGUAGACAGACCUUUCCGUUUUCAUUCAACAAACUUAUCCGCGCCAGAAGUAAAGAUGAGAUCACAAAGCUGAGCGAGGCUCUUGUUACACUAACUCCUUCAAAAUUCUCAGACAAUGAUCUGUCAGGCUAUAAGUCCUUCCAUUGGUCUGAUCUGAUUGCACGGACAGAAAACGAUGAAAAACCCUUGAAACUCCCCGACAUAGAAAGAAAAAGAAGAGAGGCUAUCUGGGAACUUUUCACCAGCGAAUGUGUAUUUCUUAUAGAUCAUCUCAUGGUCCUUAAACACUGUUUCAUGGAACCAUUAAAGAAGCUUCAAGUUGACGAUCAUUUGAUGUUUGCAGAACCUAAUGAGAUUUUCAGCAAUCUAGACGAAUUGUGUUACGUAAGCUAUACAUUUUGCAAGGAACUCAUCACGGUAUUAUUGAGAAGCAUGAAAUCUGAGGAGAUCUGGCCAGCCUCGUCACUGGUUGAAGCAUUAGAUAAGUUCUCCAAACUAUCUGAUGAUGGUAAUGUCUACCACACUUACUGCAUCUCCUAUUCCAAGUGUUUAGAGUAUGUAGAGAAACUCAGGAAGAACGAGAACUUUGUGGAGUUUGAAAGGUGGUGUUCCCAGGAUCCUCGUUGUCGCAGACUACAGUUAAAUGAUUUCUUGGUGGCUCCGAUGCAGCACUGCACAAAGCUCCCUCUGCUCCUCGCCAACAUUAGGAAGUACACGUCAUCAGAUUAUGAUAAAAGUAUUUUGGCGUUGACUAUCGGCAAAGUAGAAAUAUCACUGCAGUGCUUAGAUGAAAAAAUGAGGAGAGAGCGGAACACACAGCGUCUACAGGAACUCCGACAACAGAUCGUGUGGCCCAUUGUGACUGAUCUCGAUCCUCGUACAUACAUUCCAGAGUGUUUACGCUCAUCGUUUUCAUCACAACCUUGUCCCUUACUUCUGUCCUGUCCACACCGGCUCCUACUCCACGAAGGCCCACUUACUCUUAUUCAAACAACGAAAAAUGUUGAUGUUUAUCUCUUUUUAUUUGAUGACUUGCUGUUAAUAACAAAAACCAAACGAGGAAGAAAGAAACCGUCUGAUCUCGGUCAAACAGACAAUAAAUCUGUUUACGUUGUAUACAGACAGCCUAUUGAACUAAGAUGUCUAAAGAUUCACGACGUGGACACAUAUGACAACUCAGGAAGUAGUAUAAAGAAUUCGUUAGUUUUGGUACAAGUGGGUACAUUACAACAAGUCAUAGGAUUAUAUACGCUCCAGUGUCCCUCAGAGUUUACAAAGGAUAUGUGGAUAUCAAAAUUAAGUGACGCCAAAUCAAAAUGCUACCUGGUGAGAAAAGAUCCAUGUCUGGAGAUCGAGGCUUCAGAUCCUGUUCCGGUCAAAGAACAGUCACCCAAAACGAGGCGACGAAUACGCAUGCUCAGGAAUCACAAAAAGAAAUCCAUUUCCAUGGACACAUUAUUUACAUGUAGUGAAUAACAUUGUCUUUUAUUUAGUAUUAAUAAUACUUACUGGGUGAAAGUAAACUUUGACAUACGCAAAUACUCAGUGAAUUUAUAAUAUGAAAGAUUCAAAAUCUACAAUAUACAGCAAAACAUCAUCCUAUUUACAAUUUCACAAUGUUUCCAUGAUGUUCGUCCUUCAUUCUCUUCAAAUGAAUUUUUAUCCAAAGAGCAUGUCAAAAUGUGUGUCAUCAAAAAUACCGAUAUGUGCUUGAAGGUCAUUUAUAAUUUUGUUUUUCAUUUUCACAAUGUUAUCGUUCGAUUUAACAUCACUGGAAAUGUCCGAUUUUCCCCCUCGAAAUCGCACCAAUUAAGAGAUCUAUGUAUGUUAAUUAUUAAUAUAAACUAGAUUCCACUUUAAAAAAAUACGAUUAAUAUAUUUUUUUGCAGACAUAGUAAGAAAAUAAUAUUUUUCUUUUGCAGCAAGAUGAUUUUAUGAAUAUUAUAAUAAGCUUGUUUUGUAUCGAUUAAAUACAUGUACUCAUCUGGUUAAAUUUAUUUCAUAUUUUUCAAAAAAAGGGACAAUUUUAGUUUGAAACCCUGGAUAAUUAAGUUAUCGAUACUUACGAGUUUUGUCUACCUAACCGCUUACUGUGAUACUUACAAUGAUAUUAGAAUUAGAAUUCGAAUUUCAUAUUCAAUGUUCUGUCUACCAUUUUGAGAUGACGUAAUGAUUUCCAAUAAAACACGUUACAACUAGAUUUUUAAAAAGCUAGAUGUCGGCCAAAAGCUUUCCAGAUUUUGUGUUUGUAGUUAUCAAAAUCUGACGUUAUACGAAAUUUCUCAGAUUAUAUACGUUGUCAUUCUAUUUCAAUUCUGUGAUCCUUUUUCUUUCUCACAGAUCUUAUUUAAAAUGAUAUACAUGUAACAUUUUUUUAUAUUGUUGUUGUCUUUUAUUGUCCUUUAUAUCUUAUUAUUGUUGUUUUGAAUCAUGCUGUA